AUGUCACCAGCUGUGAGUCAAGAUGACAGAUUUGCUUUCACUGCUGAAUGGUAUGACCCAAAUGCUUCACUCUUUCGGCGUUAUGAACUUCUGUAUUAUCCAAAAGAUGGAUCGGUUGAAAUGUAUGAUGUGAAGAACCAUCGCACCUUUCUGAAGCGCACCAAAUAUGAGAGCUUACACCUUGAGGAUUUAUUUGUGGGCAACAAAAUUACUGUUUUUUCCCGUCAUCUAUCCUUAGUGGACUAUGGGGAUCAAUAUACAGCCCGCAAGCUGGGGAGCCGCAAAGAGAGAACGCUGGCUUUGAUUAAACCUGAUGCAAUGCCCAAGAUUGGAGAAUUAAUUGAUAUCAUUACAAAUGCAGGAUUUACAAUAACUAAGGCUAAAAUGAUGGUGCUUUCAAGAAAAGAAGCAGCUGAUUUCUACGUAGACCAUCAAUCAAAACCUUUUUAUAAUGAGCUUCUCCAGUUUAUAACAAGUGGUCCCAUUGUUGGUAUGGAAAUCUUAGGAGAUGAUGCAGUUUGUAAAUGGAAAACAUUACUGGGGCCAGCAAACUCUGCAGUGGCUCAGACUGAUGCACCAGACAGCAUUAGAGCGAACUUUGGACAUGAUGGCCUAAGAAAUGCAGCUCAUGGCCCAGAUUCGGUUGCUUCAGCUGCUCAAGAGCUGGAGUUGUUCUUUCCCUCCAGUGGAGGUCGCGGACCAGUCAACAGUGCAAAAUUCACAAACUGUACUUGUUGCAUUAUUAAGCCUCAUGCAGUUAAUGAAGGGCUAGUUGGAAAGAUUAUAAAAGCCAUCAUCAAUGAAGGAUUUCAGAUCUCAGCUUUGCAGAUGUUCAACAUGGAGCGUGCAAAUGUGGAAGAAUUUUAUGAGAUCUACAAAGGUGUCGUCGCUGAAUACGUGGAGAUGGUUACAGAGUUGUGUUCAGGCCCUUGCAUAGCAAUGGAGAUUAUACAACCCGAGCCUCCAAAAGUGUUCAGAGACUUCUGUGGUCCUUCUGACCCUGAAAUAGCCCGUCAUCUCCGACCUGGAACGCUGCGUGCUGUCUUUGGGAAGAACAAGAUUCAGAAUGCUGUCCACUGCACAGACCUACCUGAAGAUGGACUUUUGGAGGUGCAGUACUUCUUCAAGAUUCUGGACAACUAACAGCCUGCACCCUCACCCAAUGCAAGAGACAUUGUACACAGAAUGGUGUAUUCAUUCAUUUAUUUGUCCAAUGUUUCAACCUGACUGAAAUACAAGAUCAACAAGAGCACUGUACUCCUGGCUAUUAUUACAUGUUAGAACAUAGAGUUUUGCACUUUAGACAACAUUUAACACCAUUCUAUGGGGUACUGCAUUGCUUUUAUAAAGUUUAAAAUAAAGAUUUAUUUUCA